AACUGGCCACACUGAGGAGUCGGUAUGCGUCUACUACUGGACUAGAUUUUAAAAGAAAACUACUUUUCUGUAUUAGAUUACACAAUUCUUUCUUUGCCUUCGGAUAAAAAAUGAAUUUCAUAAAGAAAAUAUCAGGACGGAUACUUUGAAGAGGAAAGACUUUAAACGGAAUAUGCAAAAGGGAUGAUUCGUGUUCGUUGAUCUAGCUGCUUUGUUUUCGUAAAAAAAAAAAGGUGAUUGUUUUAUAAUUAUUGAUCACCCGAUCAUCGACUAAUUGAAUAAUUAUGGCCCAUCUAAUACAGCACACGGUUUCAAAUAAAAUCUUUAGUCUAAUGAACAGCGCGUCACAUAAAUCCGGAGCGAAGGUGAGCAGAGUGUUUGCGCGCCUUGGCUUCCAAACGGCCACCGAUGAUGAAGCUCUCGCUUUCGCCGAUUGUGAUGGCCUGGAUUACGAUUACAGACGUGGGCUAAGAAUGGACGAAGUAAAGAGGAGCGACGAAACAGGUGGAAUGGUGGUGGGAGACAGUCAUUACCAAAGACACAGCACUAGUCCCUCUGAAUCCCGAAAAAACAGCGACUCGAGUGAGGUGGAAGGAGCACAAGACAAACGGAAAAUCACAGCAUGGGAUGCGGGCUGGAACGUCACCAAUGCCAUUCAGGGUAUGUUUGUGUUGGGCCUUCCCUAUGCUGUCCUGCAUGGUGGCUACCUGGGCCUCUUCCUCAUCAUCUUCUCAGCUGUGGUGUGCUGUUACACAGGCAAGAUUCUCAUCAUGUGCCUCUAUGAGGAGAAUGAGGAGGGAGAGCGUGUACGUGUGCGUGACACUUAUGUGGACAUUGCUAAUGCUUGCUGUGCGCCACGCUUCCCAGUGCUUGGUGGCCAUGUUGUGAAUGUGGCGCAGAUCAUUGAGCUGGUGAUGACAUGCAUCCUUUAUGUGGUUGUGAGUGGUAAUCUAAUGUAUAACAGCUUUCCGGGCUUGCCCGUGUCACAGAAGACCUGGUCAGUGUUUGCUGCAUUGGCUCUCCUGCCGUGCGCCUUCCUGCGCAACCUGAAGGCCGUUUCCAAGCUAAGUAUGCUGUGUACAAUUGUGCACUUCAUCAUCAAUGUGAUGGUGAUUGCCUUCUGCCUGUCACAUGCACAGGACUGGGCAUGGGACAAGGUCAAGUUCUACAUUGAUGUCAAGAAGUUCCCUAUCUCUAUUGGCAUUGUUGUUUUUAGCUACACAUCACAAAUCUUUCUGCCCUCACUUGAAGGCAACAUGCAAAAGCCUGCUGAGUUUCACUGCAUGUUGGAGUGGACACAUAUUGCUGCCUGCAUCCUCAAGGGCCUGUUUGCCCUUGUAGCCUACCUCACAUGGGCCGACGACACAAAAGAGGUGAUUACAGAUAAUCUGCCACCUGGCAUACGGAUGUGGGUGAAUAUCUUUUUGGUGGCCAAGGCAUUGCUCUCCUACCCACUGCCCUUCUUUGCUGCUGUAGAUAUCUUAGAAAAGUCCCUCUUUCAAGAUGGAAAUGGGACCCCAUUUCCAAACUGCUAUGGAACAGAUGGGAGGCUUAAGUCUUGGGGGCUUGCCAUGAGAAUUGGACUUGUUGUUUUCACCCUUCUCAUGGCUAUCUUUGUUCCGCACUUUGCUUUGCUCAUGGGCCUCACUGGAAGUCUCACUGGUGCUGGACUUUGCUUCAUGCUACCCUGCUUAUUCCACCUGAAGCUUCUCUGGCGCAAGCUUUUUUGGCAUGAGGUCUUUUUUGACAUUUCCAUCUGUAUAAUAGGAAGCAUAUGCAGCAUAUCAGGGUUUAUUUAUUCCACUGAAGGACUCAUUGAGGCCUUUAAGUAUAACACCCCAGAUUAAGGAUAUUAUAGAUUUUCUUAAAUGCUAAUGCAAUGUUCCUUAUUUGUAUAAAUGUCCAUAUUAGAGAUGUGUUUCAUUUUAAAUUUAUGUGUCCUUUUAAAACAAUGCUGGUUUUUAAUUAUGUUGAUUUAUUUUCUUUACCAAAGGUGUUCAGAUUCUUCAAACAAAUUUAAAAAUCAUUUAGAUCUAGGAUUUUAAAAAUUUUAAUAGGAGAGAAAUCCAAGUAACAAAUGAGCUGAGUUUACCAAAUAUACACUGUCAGAAACUCUAUGUAAAAUUGCUGUAAUAGACCGUAUUUUAUAUUGUCCCCAUUUUAUAUGUUUAGUUAUAUUGUUUUGUUACACGUGUGUGUAGUAAUGAGUGAUUCUUUGGUGCACAUUGGGCUAUGGAAAAGUGACUGAGUUGUUUAAUGUAACCCAAACCUAGGAUGGCCUUGUGGUGUGUUCAUAAUGUGUACUAGAAUAAAGAGAGUGUACACCCUGAAGA